UCUCGAACUCAUCUUCGCGGCGUCCCUGGCAAACAAGUCAAGAACCGAAAUUACCAAAUAUGUAAAGUAUCUGACUACCCUAACUAUUUAUUCGAUCAACCUAGGCCUACCGUGGCUGGCUUCUGAGACUUCCUCAAAACACAACACCGUUUCUCUCUUCUAAUCAUCAAGCUCAGAUUUGAAUUUUGGAGUUUUCUGUUGUGUUUUUUUCUCGCUGCAGUUUCUCUACUACCAAACAGAGCGCACGUAAACACAAAUAUAAACCACGAUGCUGGGGAUUAUACGGAGAAGAGUCGCCAGUGGAGGCUUGUCUGCUUCGGUUUUAAGGAAGACGAUGCAGGCAGGUCAGCCUUCAGUGUCCGCCUCUAGAGUUUUAGGGAGGGAGAUACUACUCCAUCCAAGAGGACUUGGGCAUGUCCGGAAAUUUUGUCAUGUUAUUUUACCAGGCUCCUCAAUUGGUUGUAGAUCAAUGAGGGAUUCCUCUUUCAGCACCCUUAACAUGCAAGCUUGGAGCAGACUAUUUUCUUCAGAAAGUGGGGAUUUGGUUGAAGCGGUUGUCCCCUUUAUGGGUGAAUCCAUAACUGAUGGAACUUUGGCGAAAUUCUUAAAAAGUCCUGGUGAUACUGUGAAGGUUGAUGAGCCUAUUGCUCAAAUUGAAACAGAUAAGGUAACAAUUGAUGUUGCAAGUCCAGAAGCAGGUGUGAUUAAAGAGUUUGUAGCCAAAGAAGGGGAGACUGUGGAACCUGGUACCAAAAUUGCUAUCAUUUCAAAAUCUGGUGAAGGUGUAGCUCAUGUAGCUCCCUCAGAGAAAAUAGAAGAGAAAGCUGCUCCUAAGCCGUCUCCUGCUGAAACAAUGAAAGAGGAGAAGCCAAAACCUGAAGUUGAAAAAACUGCUGUCUUUGAGAAGCCUAAAGCACCCUCUCCAGCACCUCCUAAGCGCUCUGCAACUGAGCCGCAGCUUCCACCAAAGGAGAGGGAAAGACGGGUUCCUAUGACUAGGCUACGAAAAAGGGUUGCUACAAGAUUGAAGGACUCUCAAAAUACAUUUGCAAUGUUGACGACAUUCAAUGAAGUUGAUAUGACUAAUUUGAUGAAACUCCGUUCUGAUUACAAGGAUGCUUUCCUUGAACAGCAUGGAGUCAAACUGGGAUUUAUGUCAGGUUUUGUGAAAGCUGCUGUUAGUGGGCUCCAGAACCAGCCAAUUAUUAACGCAGUUAUUGAUGGGGAUGAUGUGAUAUACAGAGAUUACAUAGAUAUCAGUAUAGCUGUUGGAACUCCUAAGGGACUUGUGGUUCCGGUUAUCCGCAAUGCUGAAAAGAUGAAUUUUGCCGAUAUAGAGAAAGAGAUCAACACCCUUGCAAAGAAAGCAAAUGAUGGAUCAAUCUCAAUUGAUGAAAUGGCUGGAGGUUCAUUUACAAUUUCUAAUGGUGGUGUUUAUGGAAGUCUUUUGAGUACACCCAUCAUCAACCCUCCUCAGUCGGCUAUCCUUGGUAUGCACUCAAUUGUCUCUCGCCCGAUGGUUGUCAGUGGCAACGUAGUCCCAAGGCCAAUGAUGUACAUUGCUCUAACAUAUGACCACCGGCUGAUUGAUGGAAGAGAGGCAGUUUUCUUCUUGCGCCGCAUCAAAGAUGUUGUGGAGGACCCACGCAGGCUGCUCCUUGAUAUAUAAGAAAAAUGAUUCUGCUGUUCCGUUUCAUAUCCACACUUUUCCAGUAAACCCAGGAUCACAUACACUUACAAUUCAUCGAAUGAAAAAUAAGUAUGCUAGAGUUUGAAGUUU